UUUUGUCAUUGAGAAAAAAUUUGUGGUUGGUUGAAGGUCGCUCUAUAUGGGAGCGUAUCUAUCCACUGGGCAACCCUCUCUCUCUAUUUCUCUAUGACUUGUUGCAUUGUGACAUCAAUAUAUAUUUUUAUCAGCAGCUGGCCGGGCCUCUCGCAACAGCAACAAUGGCAGAAGCAAACAACUCAGAAGCUGCAAGCAGCAGCAGCUCAUCCACAUCUUCACCCUUUUCAUCCCACUCGGUCUCUAAAUCCCCAGAGCAGAGAAGAGGCAAGAGACCCAGAGAGUGUAGCAAACACCCGGUCUACCGGGGCGUCCGAAUGCGCAGCUGGGGCAAGUGGGUGUCCGAAAUCCGCGAGCCCCGCAAGAAAUCCCGUAUCUGGCUUGGCACAUUUUCAACGCCAGAAAUGGCUGCAAGAGCACACGACGUCGCUGCACUGAGCAUCAAAGGUGACUCGGCGGUGCUCAACUUUCCUGAGCUCGCUCCUCUGCUUCCUCGACCACUAUCAGCAACGCCACCACACAUUCAGGCUGCUGCGGCUAAAGCAGCUGCCAUGGUCGAGCUUCAUUCGGAAUCAUCUUCCUUGUCGGAAUCCGAGGAGCUGGGUGAGAUCGUGGAGUUGCCCAAUAUAGAUGGGAGUUUUGACUCGCUCGAGUCAGGGACGGUUGAUGGUUGGCUCUAUGAUUAUCCGCCCAUGGGGCUAGAGGGAGCUCAACUUUUUGGAGAUUUCUGUGAUCAUCAGAUAUUGGCGUUUGAGAGCUUUAUUCCGAGUAACCUUGAAAUCUGGUGUGGGAUAAAUGGGUAAUUAACCACUAUGUUGGUGUUCUUUCGAUCAGUUUUUACAAGUUUUUUUUUUUUUUUUGGCUAACUGGGCACCUCUACUGUAAUAUAAUUACUUAAUUAGUUAAUUCACACAAUACAAUAAAAUAACUUUUUUUUUUUUUUA